AUGACAAAAUGUCUUCUCAAGGCUUUAAAAGCCGUUGACCUUGACAAACAUAUUGGAUUAUUUCGUUCACUUGGUUAUGAUUCUGCAGGUGCAUUAGCACAUUUUCGUACCGAACAUUUUGAAAAAUUAAAUUUCAAUGAACAAGAAUUACUUCAUUUAAUUUCUUUACUGGAUGUUCUUAAAGAAGCAACACGUGAUGGAAAAAUUUGUACACAUAAUUUUUCUUCAACAAAAUCAACUCAACAACAGCAACAACAAUCAAAUAUCAAAUCUAAUCCUAUUAUACGAGCUGCUUGUUCAAUAGAUAUAACAAGACGUUCAUCAAUACAACGGAAUUAUUCAGAUGAUUUUAUAAUACAAAAAACAUCGACAGUUCUUAGUAGAGAACAUAUUAUACCAACAAAACCUAAUCAUCAAAUUAUUUCAGGAUCAAAAUCAUUUUUAAACCGACCACCAAUUGAACAUGUGAAAGUUAAAUCAUAUAAUUAUGGUAUUCCAACUAGUAGACGUUCGCGAAGUAAUACUCAUCGUAGUAAUUUUCAACAGGAAACAAAUUAUCACCAUAGUCCAUUAUUUGUUUCAUCUCCACGUCAUACAACCGAUACAAUAUCAUAUGCUAAACCAGCUGAAAUAUAUGUUUAUGCUCGUAAACGACCGUUAUUAUCAAAUGAAACAAAUUUUGAAGAUACAGUAACUGUACCUGAUAAUAAACGUGUAAUUAUUACAGAAAACAAAGCAAAUCUUGAUUGUACACCUUUACUUAAAAAAGUAUUUUUUGAAAAAAAAAAGAUUGAAAUAAAUAAUUAA